CUCAACCAGAAUGUAAGUUCUUUUCAAAGAAAAUUUGUUGGUGAGGUGAAGAGAUGUGAAGAACUAGAACGAAUAUUGGUGUAUCUGGUGCAGGAAAUUACUAGAGCUAAUAUUCCCCUGCCUGAGGGAGAGGUCAGUCCUCCUGCACCCCCUCCAAAACAGGUUCUGGAAAUGCAGGAGCAGUUGCAGAAGCUUGAGGUCGAACUGAGAGAAGUCACCAAGAACAAGGAGAAACUGAGGAAGAACCUGCUUGAACUGAUCGAGUAUACUCACAUGCUGCGAGUGACUAAAACCUUCGUCAAGCGAAAUGUCGAGUUUGAACCCACCUAUGAGGAAUUCCCGUCUCUGGAGAACGACUCUUUGCUGGACUACAACAGCAUGCAGAGGCUGGGGGCAAAGCUGGGGUUUGUGUCUGGCCUAAUUCAUCAAGGAAAAGUUGAUGCAUUUGAAAAAAUGCUGUGGAGGGUCUGCAAAGGGUAUACCAUCGUGACCUAUGCAGAACUGGAUGAGUCCCUGGAAGACCCCGAAACAGGAGAAGUCAUAAAAUGGUACGUGUUCUUGAUAUCCUUCUGGGGAGAGCAGAUUGGCCAUAAGGUCAAGAAGAUAUGUGACUGUUACCACUGCCACAUUUACCCCUAUCCAAACACUGUUGAGGAGCGAAAGGAGAUUCAGGAGGGGCUGAAUACUCGCAUCCAGGAUCUCUACACUGUGCUUCACAAAACUGAGGAUUAUUUGAGGCAAGUGCUGUGUAAAGCCGCGGAGUCGGUGUACAGCCGCGUCAUCCAGGUGAAGAAGAUGAAAGCCAUUUACCACAUGCUGAACAUGUGCAGCUUCGACGUGACCAACAAGUGCCUCAUUGCUGAGGUUUGGUGUCCUGAGGCUGAUCUGCGUGACCUGCGCCGGGCACUAGAGGAGGGCUCGAGAGAGAGUGGUGCUACCAUACUCUCAUUUAUGAACACGAUCCCCACAAAAGAAACACCCCCAACCCUAAUCCGGACCAACAGAUUCACCGAGGGAUUUCAGAACAUCGUGGAUGCUUAUGGUGUCGGGAGCUACAGGGAAGUGAAUCCAGCUCUCUUCACCAUCAUUACAUUCCCGUUUUUGUUUGCUGUGAUGUUCGGAGACCUUGGCCACGGCUUUGUGAUGUUCUUAUUUGCCCUCUUAUUGGUGAUAAAUGAAAAUCGUCCCGGACUGAACCAGUCACAGGAGAUCUUGAGGAUGUUUUUCAAUGGCCGAUACAUCCUCCUGCUCAUGGGGCUGUUCUCAGUGUACACAGGACUCAUCUACAACGACUGCUUCUCCAAGUCACUUAACAUCUUUGGCUCUCGGUGGAACGUGUCUGCCAUGUACAGCUCCAGUCACACUCAGCAGGAGCACGAGAAGCUGGUGCUGUGGAACGACAGCGUCGUGAGGCACAGCAGGGUGUUGCAGUUGGACCCAGCCAUUCCUGGAGUGUUCCGAGGCCCUUAUCCUUUUGGGAUUGACCCAAUUUGGAACUUGGCAACCAAUCGCCUCACUUUCCUAAAUUCUUUCAAAAUGAAAAUGUCUGUGAUUUUAGGAAUUAUUCACAUGACUUUUGGUGUCACUCUGGGAAUAUUUAACCACUUGCACUUCAGGAAGAAGUUCAACAUCUUCCUGGUUUCCAUCCCGGAGCUCCUCUUCAUGCUCUGCAUUUUCGGAUAUCUCAUCUUCAUGAUUGUCUAUAAGUGGCUCGUGUUUUCAGCAGAAAAUUCCAGAGAAGCUCCCAGCAUUCUGAUUGAGUUCAUCAACAUGUUCAUAUUCCCAGCAAGUGGAACAAGUGGCCUCUAUCCAGGGCAGGAGCACGUCCAGAAAGUGCUGCUGGUCGUCACAGCGCUGUCUGUUCCUGUUCUCUUCUUGGGAAAACCACUUUUCUUGUUGUGGCUACACAAUGGGCGGAGUUGCUUUGGUGUGAGCCGGAGUGGUUACACACUCAUAAGGAAAGAUAGCGAGGAAGAAGUUUCUUUGCUGGGAAACCAGGACAUAGAAGAGGGGAAUAACCAAAUGGAAGAUGGAUGCAGAGAAAUGACGUGUGAAGAGUUUAAUUUUGGAGAAAUACUGAUGACGCAAGUGAUCCACUCCAUUGAGUAUUGUCUGGGCUGCAUCUCCAACACUGCGUCCUACCUGCGGCUCUGGGCGCUCAGCUUGGCUCAUGCACAGCUCUCUGAUGUCCUGUGGGCCAUGCUGAUGCGAGUAGGCUUGCGAGUGGACACCACCUACGGCGUCUUGCUGCUACUCCCAGUGAUUGCUCUUUUUGCAGUUUUGACAAUUUUCAUCCUCUUGAUCAUGGAAGGGCUUUCUGCAUUUCUUCAUGCCAUACGCCUCCACUGGGUAGAAUUUCAGAACAAAUUCUACGUUGGUGCAGGCACCAAAUUUGUUCCUUUCUCAUUCAGUCUACUUUCAUCGAAGUUCAGUGAUGGUGACAACGUGGCAUGAUCAUAUUGCUAUAACCAAUGAGCUUUCAGAUUUAUGGAGAAUAUCAUGUUAUAGAAUUUCACAUAUGUCAAAUUUAUGAUAGGAAAAAUUCUGUCUUCAUUGAUUGCCUUAUGACGUAGCCAAAUAAUUCUGUAAGAUAUACCUCUUCCUCAUAUGUUAAAUAUUUUGUAAUGUUUAUCAAUUUCAGAAACAUAAUUUUUUUUGGUUUUUAUUAUGAGCAAGUGUAAGUUCAUGCCAAAUGUUAUGUUAAAGUUAUUUUUUAAAAUACAAGAUCGGAGGAGAGAAGCCAAUUUUGGAUGGCUAAUUGAAAAUGGUCUUAGAUACUUGAUUCCUUUUAAACCUUAUUAAAAAAUACAGAGUUUAUUCUGUCACCUGAAGUUGUCAGAUAAUAUUUUCCAAUAGCUGAAGUUAAAACAUAGUUUUUUAAACAAUUUAAUGAUGGAUCAUCAAAAGAUUCACCUUAUUCUGCUUGAUCAAAAAUAUGCAAACAUUUUUUAUUGUUUGCUACCUGGAAUUAACAGUAGAGGAUCAUUUCUACUAUUUCAUCUUGUUUUAAUAAUGGGGAAAUGGGAUAAAAUAACACACGACAAAUGGUUAUCCCAUUUGUAUAUUUUUAAAAGACUCUUGUUAUCCAUCCUUACAGGAAACCAAUUAUGGUAAUUGUAUGUUUGGAAAGAUCAACUAAAUAUUGAGCCUUAAACCCACUGUGGCUGUGGAGGACAGCAUGUGGGUACAGUUUGAGCUCAGUGACCAGCCUGGCUGAUGUUACUGAACCAGAGGAGUUUGUACCAAGUGAAAGAGAGUUAAAAGUAAUAGUUGUAUAUUUUUAUAGAAAAAGAUAAAUUAAGAUAUUUUACCAUGAAGAGAUUGCACUUAUCCUUGAGAAUAGUAUAAAUUUUUACUUUCAGACUAAUUCUUAAAUAAAGUUCUGAUAAGGGUAAAUAUAAACUUUCAAACACUAUUUAGAUCAGUUGUAAACCAAUUAUUAAGCCAUUAAUUUAUAGUCUUGAAUUGAAAUUCAACUAUUCACUUGACAUUUAAUUUUGCCUGAAUUCAAGUCAUUCCUGUUGAACAUUUUGAUCUAUUCCAUAUCCUUGUAAAUUAUGCUGAUUUUUCAUAUUUUACCUCAGCUGAUUUUAGAUAAUUAUUUUGAAAAAGAAAUCUGACAUAUUUUCACAUUCUUAAAACUGAGUGACACAUUAAGAGGCUUGUUUGUCCUGGUGUUCCUCUAGCCUGUUUAGGGUAGAGGGUAUGGCCCUUUCAUUACAAGCCAGGAUUAAGGGAGCACUGAAUUUAAGCAGAUCUUUCAGGUAAUUUAAUGGUCUGUUUGCUGAGAAUCAUGAACUGAACAUUAUGUGACAUAGCCAUUACUCUAAGUUUAAACCUUUAAAAAAUUAAAGACUCUGUGCAGCUGCUUGAUAAGUGUUAUCCAAAGCCAGCUUGUCCUUCAUAUGGUAAUUAUCAAGUAUAAAACAGUGCUAAUGAGACUCCUGAACAUGACCCUGCUCUUAAGUUGUUUCUCUGGAAAGUGUAAUGUUGGGCACUUGUUUUGGGUGAAACUGAAACCCUAACAGUGCUGUUCCGUUGCUUUUCCCUUGGAGCUGCGUUCCCUUGUACCUUGUCCUUUAACCGUUUGUUACUGUACCCCGAGGAUCUGUGGUAAUAACCGAGGUAACUAAUUCAUCCCAAGACUUCAGGGCACCUGUCAGCCAGGGACGUAGUAUCUGCUGGAAUUUUUACUACCCCAGCUAGUAACUGUCAUGGGGCCACUUUUUAAUUCCAAUGAGUUCCUCUUUUCAGGGUAUGGGAUGAAGAGUGGAGAGUCGCUUUUCAAAGAUAGUCUAUGUAGUACUUUUUAUGUAGAAUGUAAUUAUAUAUAUAUAAAAAAACAAAUUAAUAACCUAACUUUUGUGAAAGAACUCUUUGGAAAUAUAGUUAACAAUGGUAAAUUUAGACACUGGGAGAACUUUUAUUUCUUUAUAAGUUGCUUGGUUUCCAUAUCAUGUUACCAGAAUGGCUGCUGUUUGUUCUGUUUAAAAAAGCUGUGCUAGAAUUGUGAGUAUAUUUUUAAGAGAUUUUAUGCCCUUGAUGCAAAUUACCCAGAGGAAAAAUGGUCAGUUGUCUGAUUGAUGCUAAAUCUGUUUUAUCUUUCUGGAGAAAAAUGUCACAACAGCCACUUCAUUCCACUUCCAUUCAGAUGUUUACUGCAGUGUGUUGACAAGAGUCCUAAAUAAAAAACCCAAGGGACUUCUUUAGUAAAACAGAAUAUGAUUUCACCCUGAAUGGUGGGAAGUGCUCAUGGUCACUUAAGGAGUGCAAAGGGGGUUGAACCCUGUGGACUUUCCAUCUGCGAGAAGGACUCUGAAAAAACCUUCUGUCUGCUGUCCUCAUUGCUGGAGUGCGUUUUUUUUUUUUUUUUUUUUUCAUAAAAGGUCUCACUUAAUGUUAUCCAGGCUGGCCUCAAACUUGUGAUCUCCUGCCUCAGUCUCCCAUGUAGCUGGGAUUACAGGUGCAUACCUCUGAGCUGGAACUUGGGAUGGUUAUUUUACAAGAUUCUGGCCUCAGUGGUCAAUCUGCCAUAGCUUAAAAAGGCAUAGACUCUGUGUAGCAUAGGUAACCAAUGUUGAUCAGUCAAGUAGUCACACUUUUUUAGAGUUUGACCCAUUUUGGAAAACAAAACCAAAAAAAUAAUUCCAACAGCAGUUCUGCAGUCUGCACUUAAAAAUAAUAAAUUCCUGUAUUAAAGUUUUAAAGGCAUGUUUGCUUGUACACCACGUGGUGUAUCUCUAGGGAGGAUAUUAAGAAAUCUUAUUUAGAUGUUGGGCAUAAGGCAGUUUGGUGUAGUAGUUUUUCUAGUCAGAUCAUCGAGGCUGAGCUUUGGUUUAGAAUUUUAGGAAAUCCUUGAACAUUCCACCUGUUCCUUGAUGGAAAAAUCAACAAGAAGGUUAGGUUCCUGCGGUCAGCCCUGUGAUGUAGGGGCUUAGCUCCCUGCCAGGGGAAAUGACAAUGAACAAGUUAGUAUUUUGCUCCACAAAUGCAUGAAAGGGCAAAUCUGCAUCUUCCUAUCAGUAUUGAACUUCCUUUUGCUAAUGACAAAUAAAUUCAUAUAUAUUUUUAA